AUGACUGCUCGAGCACUGGAAUCACUUCCUUCUUUACCAAGCAAGUUCACCAAGGCACUGCCUUGCGACAUCUACACUGCCAAUCUAAAAGAAUCUACCAAUAACCUUAUGAGAACACCAAGACCAGUUCAUAACGCUGUCUAUUCUCACGUUCUUCCCGAGCAAGCACCUGAUCCUCGACUACUGGCUAUUUCCAGACCUGCUCUUCAAGAACUCGAGUUAGAUGAGCAAGAGACCAAGACAGACGACUUUGUAUCUGUUUUUUCUGGUAACAAAGUGCUUCCCGAGACACGUCCCUGGUCCCUUUGCUACGCAGGCCAUCAAUUUGGUUUUUUUGCUGGUCAGUUGGGUGAUGGUAGAGCUAUCUCUCUUUUUGAGACAGUCAAUAGCCGUGGUGAAUCAUGGGAGCUACAAUUAAAAGGUGCUGGUCGUACACCUUAUUCUCGAUUUGGUGAUGGAUAUGCUGUGUUGAGAUCCAGUAUUCGAGAGUUCUUAAUGUCUGAACAUAUGCAUGCAUUAGGCAUACCUACUACGCGUGCUCUUGCACUGAUUGAGACUUCGCGAGAUGUUUACCGAGAAGAUGGUCCCCGAGGAGGUCAGCCAGAAAUAGGCGCUAUUGUAGUUCGUAUGGCUCCCUCUUGGCUACGUUUUGGCAAUUUUGAAAUCUUUUAUUCUCGAGACGAUAUGAACAAUGUCAAGUUACUUGCUGAUUACGCUAUUGAACAAGUAGUUGGAGACAUUCAAAAUGGUACUGGAAACAAGUAUGCAAGAAUGUUUAGAAAUGUAACCAAGAAAACUGCUGAAAUGGUAGCUGAAUGGCAGGCUAUUGGGUUUAAUCAUGGUGUGAUGAACACAGACAAUAUGUCUAUCUUGGGAUUGACAAUGGAUUAUGGACCAUUCCAAAUCAUGGAUUAUUACAACCCUCUUUAUGUAUGCAACCAUUCUGAUGAAACAGGCCGCUAUGCUUUCCAUCGUCAACCUUCUGCGGCCAUCUUCAAUCUCGUCAAGUUGAGUGUACCUUUAUUUGAAUUGAUUGGUGCUGGUGAAGAUGUACACUCUCUUGAGUUCUCUGACAAAGACAAUGAGCUUAAAGAAGGUGUCACAGAUGAAAAAGUCUUGGAAGGUUAUAGAGACGAAGGCAAAAUGUUUGUUCAAGACUUGUUGAAUACUGAGUUCAAACAAUACUUUAUGGAACACUUGAUUAAGAAGAUGAAAUCCAAAAUUGGAUUGUAUGAGAGCAGCCAUGAAACGGAUAUGGACGAUGUAAUCAUCCCCUUGUUAGACUGGAUGACAACUUACCGUGUAGACUAUCAUCGCUUCUAUAGAUCAUUAAGCAACUAUCAAAUCACUUCUGCCGGGGAAGAGGCAGAUGCUGAAAAAGCAGUAGAAGAAUGGCUUGAGAUUGUGACUGAAGAAAGUUCAGAGACAGAAGCAAGCAAAACAGCAUUGAAGCCUUGGUUAUCUAUUUAUCGUCAUAGAUUACUUAAAGAUAAUAUGGAUCAUCAGGAACGCAAGCAGCGCAUGAAUUCUGUCAAUCCUCGAUUUGUUCUUCGAAAUUCUAUUGCAGAAAGUGUAAUUAAGGUCUUUGAAGAUGAAGAUGAAGAGGAAGCUAAAGAGAUACUGAAUGCUUGUCUUGAUGCUUGUAUUCAUCCUUUCAGAGAUAAUUAUGAAGAUGAACGUGUAGAAACAUGGAUCAAUAGCCCUGUUCCCGCUAAGGAUAUGAGAUGUUCUUGUAGCUCCUAA